AUGCAGUGCGAACCAACCGUUGCUGCCGCUGGCUGUAUGAUGGCCGCUGCCGACCACACGCCUAGCAGGCACGAAAAAAGCCUCGGUCUUUUGACCACCAAGUUUGUGUCCUUGCUACAAGAGGCCAAGGAUGGAGUACUCGAUCUCAAAGUGGCUGCUGAUCAAUUGGCUGUGCGACAAAAACGUCGGAUAUACGACAUUACCAAUGUUUUGGAAGGAAUUGGGUUAAUAGAAAAGAAAUCAAAAAACAGUAUUCAAUGGAAAGGUGCUGGACCCGGCUGCAACACACGGGAAAUUUCUGACCGGCUUGUGUCUUUAAAAAGUGAAAUUGAACAUCUGAAUCAACGAGAGAAAGAAUUGGACCAACACAAAAGUUGGGUACAGCAGAGCAUUAAAAAUGUCACAGAUGAAGUUUCAAAUUGUCAAAGAUUAGCUUAUGUGAGCUAUGAAGACAUUUGCACAGUAUUCCAAGGAAGUACAUUAUUAUCGAUACAAGCACCUUCAGGGACGCAACUAGAAGUGCCAAUACCAGAAAUAGGUCCUGGUUUUCUGAAAAAUUAUCAAAUCCAUUUGAAGAGCAAUUCAGGCCCCAUCAAUGUGAUGUUGGUGAACAAAGAUACAGAAGCAACCAGUCCUGUGGUUGUCCAAGUACCGCCCCCCUCGCAGGAUGACGUCAAAAAGUUGGAUACAACACAAAAUUACAGUCAGUCUCCGGCCAUUACAGAUUCCAAAUGUUCUCAAAAAAUGCCUGCAAAAAUGAAAAAGAAAUCUCCGGUGAAAACUCCCUUGUCGCCUUCAAACAGGAUGGCCACGCGGUCAUCACCACGUAAGGCUGCCCAAGGACAGCUUCUAAAUGCAGUGCCGAAUAUUCCAGCCACAACGACUAGCAACCAAUUCCCAGUACAAAGUAUUGCUGACAGCCUUACAAAUGAUUUCCUCUUCGACACAGUAAAACCAGAAUUUGAUGUUCAUGGUGGACUCAUUGAUGAGCUUAUGUCUUCUGAAGGUUUGGAGCCUUUGCUUCGCUUAAGCCCUCCACCAAGUGAACGUGACUACCAAUACAAUUUGGGUGACAGUGAAGGUGUUUCCGAUCUCUUUGAUGUACCGUUACUCAGUUCUGCAGCCAGUACUUCCUCAGCUGCUACUUUCUACUGA